UUUGGCUAUACGAAACAUAAUAUCAACAGUGAUAUCUUGCUUACUUUAUUCGUCAAACGGGUCUUAUGUAUUAGGAAUAUAUAUAAAUGUAUAAAUAAGAUAUUUUUAAAUAUAUUUAUUUAAAUAAAUCAUUGAAACAUCAUGGGAGUUCCGUGGCAUGUACUAGCUGCAGUUCUUGCAGUGACUUUGGUGAUAACAUCGACUGUGAGCAGUUCUGCAGCAGAGAUGAGGAAAUUACCAGAAGGCUUGAAGCUAGGAGUUGCUACCGCCUCCUUCCAGAUUGAGGGCGGAUGGAACGCUGCAGACAAGUCUCCAAGCAUAUGGGACAUUUAUACUCACAUGCCUGGAAAAAUCAAGGAUGGCACAGAUGGCAACGACACUUGCAAAUCCUACGAGUUCUACCAACGAGACAUACAAAUGCUCAAGUUCCUUGGAGUCGACUUCUACAGGUUUUCCAUUUCAUGGCCAAGGGUUCUACCAACUGGUUUUGCCGACAAAAUCAGUGAAGAUGGUAUUGGGUAUUACAGUAGAUUAGUUGAUGAGUUAUUGGCCAAUGGUAUUGAGCCAGUAGUCACAUUGUACCAUUGGGAUUUGCCACAAAGUUUGCAAGACUUGGGAGGUUGGGCCAAUCCUCUCAUAGCUGACUGGUUUGAAGAUUACGCCCGUGUAUUGUACGAUGCACUGGGAGACCGAGUGAAAACCUGGAUAACCUUGAAUGAACCGAAACAGUUUAUCAUAUAUGGUUAUGGAAUGGAGAGGUUCGCUCCUAAUAUCGUUUCUGCUGGCAUUGGUGAUUAUAUCGCUGUGAAGAAUGCUUUGAUGGCGCAUGCCAAAGCAUGGCAUCUAUAUGAUAAAGAGUACAGGGAAAAACAAAAGGGUACGUGCGGUAUAACAAUAGCAACAGACUUCCGUGAAGGUCUAUCAGACACACCAGAGGAUGUAGAACUAGGACGCAUGGUGAUGGACUUCGAAGCUGGUUUCUACAGCCACCCGAUAUUCUCAUCGACUGGUGGAUUCCCUGAGAGGAUGAUCAAGCGAAUUGCAGAAAAGAGCGCUGAACAAGGCUUCCCUAGGAGUAGACUGCCAGAAUUAUCUCAGGAGGAAAUUGAUUUUAUAAAAGGCACCAGUGACUUCUACGGUUUCAAUCACUACUCUACAAAGUUCUACACAGCAGAUGGGUACACGAAAGGAAUGUACCCGAUCCCCUCGUAUGAAGACGAUAUCGGAGCAGUAUCCAGCUACAAGGAUUACCCGCCAGCUCCUAUUAUUCAUGCUACGAAAAUACCCAACGGUAUAAGAAAAGCUUUGAACUGGGUGAAAGAUAAUUACAACAAUCCAACGGUGCUGAUCACAGAAAAUGGCUACGGUAAUUAUGGCGGGGUCGACGACCCUGAGAGGAUAGAUUAUUACAAAGCGUAUUUGGAUGCCGUAUUGGAUGCUAUUGAAGUGGACGGGUGUAACGUGACUACAUACACCGCUUGGAGUCUUAUGGAUAACUUUGAAUGGGACUCCGGUUUAGGUGCAAAAUUCGGGCUGUUCGAGGUUGACUUUGAUGAUGAACAAAGGACAAGAAAAGCGAAAUUAUCAGCUCUAUGGUACAAAGACUUCAUCGCACAGAGAUCUUUGGACCCCGACUAUCUACCGCAGUUUGAAGAAAACAAGUUUUAAACAAAACGACUGUAUGAAUUACCUUGUAAAAGUGAUUAAAUGUACUUAAUACUUA